AUGGCCUCCGAGAGCGAACGUUUCGCACUGGCGAGAUCAGCUCUUGCCUCUGACCCCUCUCACUCAGCACCGAUUUUAUUUUCUUAUGGCUCGCUUCUGUUAGACGAGGUCAUCGCUGCCCUGCUGGACCGCGUACCCGACCACGAGCCCGCAAAAGCCCCAGGCUACCGUGUGUCCAAGCUCCCAGAUCAGUCAUACCCAGGCCUUGUGCAUGACGAGUCAUCCGAGGCUCCUGGUCGCAUAUAUUGUGGACUCAGCCCCAAAGAGUGGGCCAUUUUGGACGCUUUCGAGAAUCCGCUGUACGAGGUACAGGUGGUGACACUGAGGGAUGGGCGCAAGGCGCUGGCAUAUGUGUGGACUGCCGAUCUAUUGUUAGGAGCGGCGGGCUGGACGACGGAUUCCAUGACCGGUACCACACUGGAGCGAUACCUGAAGUGGACGAAAGCUUGGCGCAAGGAGUAUGAUGCGCAGGUGGAGGCAUCUUGA